GUAUCUCCCUGUUUUCUUUUGAAUCCUCAGUUCUACCCGCUGAGUGUGUAAUCUGUAUCCGCAAGAAAAUAAAAUAUUAGUCUCAAGUUUGUUACUCGGUUUCUCGGAAAGCCCUCUAGCGGACUCCGAGAUUUAAAUAUAUAUACACGACCUAAUCCGGGGCUUUAUAAAGUAUUGAAGUCAUCCCUGUCUACGCCAUCCCCUUCAUAAAUUCCUUUUCACCGUCUCUAAGAUUUCCUCCAACUCCAAUUUCUUACCCCUCCUGGCUUGUUUUGCCUUCUCCGUCUCUUUAUAUCCUUCAGUUUAUAGUGACUUCGCUGUCAUUCGUGUCGUAUAGAACUUCCAAGUUUCUUCGACAGGAGUUUCGGCUGAAAGACAUGGCAGGGAACGUCAAAACAACCAAGGUGGCCAAUGAACUGGGCUGUGGUUUUGUGGGGAGGCUUUCCCUUCUCAGAAGCUACCUGCUGCGAAAAUCAUCCCUGCGUUCAUUAUCCAUUAAAUCUACCCACAAUAUACACAGCAAGGAGAGCAAAAACGGUUACAAAAAGCCUCCGAAUCAUGAAUCCAAGGGAGCGCCAAAUAUUCCCAUCGAGUCCCACAAACCAGAUUCGGAUCAGAAAACCAAGAAAGAGCACCUCCGGUCAUCACAACAGUCAAAACCGGAGGCCUUCAGAUGCUGCUAGAAGCUCAACGUCUUCCUCAGGUAAUUCAACCAGCACGAAGAAUGACGAGAACAAAUUACAGAGAGAGCCCGCCGGGAGUUCUCUGGAGCUUGCUAGGAUAAGCAAUAGUCACCAGCGAGAGAACGAGAAUAAAGCCACGGUUAACUUGAAACUCACUGGGAAUUUGCUCACAAAUAACAGCCCCAGAACUAGCGUUACAAAGAAAGUGGAAUCCGUUCCCAAGAGUAAAGAGUUGAAUUCCGUGACCAGUUCUCACAAUAACGCCGGGAUGGGGAACAUCAUGAGGAAGAACACCGAUGAGCUCGCGCAACUGCGGAGACAGAGGAUCCGAAUAGACCCUGAGGUGUUGAAGGCCGAGGGAAAUGAAGCCUACAAGCAGGGGAAAUUCGAAGAAGCUCUGAGUCUGUACGACCGAGCCAUUCUUCUGGAUUCAAGUAAGCCAACUUAUCAUUGCAAUAAGAGUGCGGCUCUGAUGGGCUUAGGCCGCCUUCCGGAAGCAAUGGUUGAAUGUGAGGAAGCUAUUCGCCUGGAACCUUCUUAUACAAGAGCUCACCACCGUUUGGCGGCUAUAUAUCUCAGACUCGGAGAAGCAGAAAAGGCCAUGCACUGCAAUAACUCAACUCCAUACGGGGACUCCGUACUCGCAUUCCAAGCUCAGGCCCUUCAAAAGCACGUUAAAAAAUGCCUUGAAGCUCGUAAAGUGAACGAGUGGAACACUAUACUAAAGGAAACACAAUAUGCAAUAUCAUUAUGUGCUGAUUCAGCUCCGCAGGUCUAUGCUUUGCUAACAGAAGCCUUACUGAAGCUCCUGAAACAUGGAGAGGCAUCUUCUACCUACGAAAAACUGCCCAAAUUUGAACUUGAUUGGUCUAUCAAGAUUUUUGGCGUACCGCAUACUGCAUAUUUGUUGAUAGUAGGCGCUCAGGUUCAAUUGGCAGCGGGCAGGUUUGACGAUGCCGUGACAGCUGCUCAGCAAGCAGCUGAACUUGAUCCAACCAACAAAGAGGUGAAUGCAGCGGUAAGAAAGACGAGAGCAGUGAGAUCAGCCAGAAUGAGUGGAAAUAUACUGUUCAAGGCAUCCAAAUUUAUGGAAGCGUGUGGGUUUUACAGCGAAGGGCUAGAGCAUGAUCCGUUCAACUCAGUGCUGCUAUGCAACAGAGCAGCUUGUCGUUCUAAGCUCGGUCAGUUUGAGAAAGCAAUUGAAGAUUGUAGUGCAGCCCUUGCUGUUCAGCCUUAUUACAGCAAGGCAAGGUUACGUAGGGCAAAUUGCAACGCCAAGUUGGAAAGAUGGGGGGCUGCCAUUCAAGACUACGAAAUGCUGAUGAGGGAAAAGCCAGGGGAUGAGGAAGUGGCAAGGGCUCUGUUUGAGGCACAACUUCAACUCAAGAUGCUACGAGGAGAAGAUAUUAAAGACUUGAAAUUUGGUUCCAACCUGGUUUUCAUCUCAAGCAACGAUCGCUUCAGACAUUAUGUUACCUUGCCAGGAAUGUCCGUGGUUCUGUUCUGCAACAAGGCAACCCACAAGCAAGUAUUGCUGGUAUUGGAGCAAACAUGCAAGAGAUUUCCCUCUAUUAAUUUCCUCAAGGUGGAGAUCGAAGACCACCCAUAUUUGGCAAAGUCAGAAGGCGUGAGCUCUGUCCCGGCCUUCAGAAUAUACAAGAACGGAUCAAGGGUCAAAGAGAUUCCGGGCAACAAACACGAGUUGUUAGAAAGAUCGGUUAAACUGUAUACUGGCUGAAGAUAAAUUGCAGUCCUCGGGUAAGAACUCUAUGCUGAGCACUCGAGGAAGAAGGUUCGACUAUGGAAAAUGAAAGGGAAUGUAAUCACGUCCAGAGAUGGGAAACUAAGUUAUGACUAAUUGUAUCUGCAUAAAUUUAUCGACGAUUCUUACAAGGCAGAGGAAACGUUGAAGGAAGCCGAGCGUCGUUGUGGCCAUAGGACAAGUAAAAAAGGAAUUCAUUGUGUGAUUAGUUGAUUCUUUGAAUCCUUUGAAAGUUUGUGCAGCCCUUUGUUCUUCAUACCGUGUAUUUCACAUUGGUUUGGCAUGCCUAAAUAACUAGGACGUUAGGAUCAACACAAAAAGGAAGAAGACAGAUUGUUUCAACUGCCAGAAUAGGUUUAUUGGUUGGUUUCUUGAUUACCUCGAAGGUACCAAUGGCUAAUCAAAGCCAUAAAUGCAAUUAUGCAGACCUGCAAUAGCUAGGACCAGUAGUCCGUCUAUUUCAAAAGGAAUGUGUUAUGUGAAGUGAGUCAUGUGGAUAAAUUAUAAAUAUUUGUAGUCAAAUAGGAUGAUUAAAAAAAUAUCAACGUGUGUUUUCAA